AUGACAAUGCAGACCUACUCAUUCAGAAACAUACCAAACAACACUCACCAGAACUGGUACAAGGACCCGAGUCUUAAAGUGAAUAUUGCACAUUGUCUCGGACUGUGCCUGGUCAUCUUCUACCUUGGAUACGAUGCGGGCCUCCUCAACGGAUUGCAGGCAGUCUACGCCUGGAGCGUCUUCCUCAACCAUCCUCAAGGCGCCAUUCUAGGACUGUACGCCGCCACUCUCUAUCUCCCGUCCAUGGUCACCGCGUACAUUGGCGAUUUCCUCUCCCAGCGUUACGGCCGGCGCGUUGCCUUGGCCCUCGGGUCCUCGAUUGUCUGUAUUGGUGGGUUGGUCAACGCCUUUGCAGUCAACCCCGCGAUGUGGGUAGUCGGCCGCGUGGUUAUAGGUGCAGGGGGUGGAGUCGCCAAGGUGGCUGCUCCGGCGCUGAUCCAGGAGAUUGCGCACCCGCGAUUACGGCCGAUGUUGGCUGCCUGCUAUUAUCCGUUCUUCUACUUCGGCACGCUCCUAUCAGCACUUCUUUGUUUCGCCGCUCUAUACAUCCCAGGAAACUGGUCAUGGCGCAUGCCUUCCAUUGUCCAGGUCUUCGGCCCUCUACUCGUACUGGGGACAUUACUGAGCUGUCCCGAAUCUCCCAGGUGGCUUGUCUCCAAAGGCCGCAACUCCGAAGCUCUGGCUGUAUUAGGCAAAUACCAUGCCAACGGGCUCGUCAGCGAUGCCCUGGUUCAGCAGGAGCUGGCUGAGAUCGAAGCGGCGCUCGAAAGCGAAGAUAGCCGGCACCAUAAGACCUACCUCGAUUUUUUCCAGUCGUCUGGAAACCGCAGACGGCUAUACGUUCUCUUGUCCCUGUCUAUUGGGCAAAACUGGGUCGGCAAUGGGGUCAUCUCCUACUAUCUAACUCCUGUACUGCGCUCGGUCGGAAUCGAGUCCUCGGUACAGAUAACCCUUCUCACAUCUGGGCUUGCAAUCUGGAACCUUAUACUAGCGUUCAGCGCAGCGCUGAACGUGGAACGCUUCGGCCGCCGCACCCUGUUCUUCGUCUCCACGGCCGGCAUGCUGGUCUCGUACAUCCUGGUGAUGGGCCUCUCGGCGGGAUUCGCCACGACGCAGAAUUUCUCGAUAGGAAUCGCGGUUGUUCCCUGCUUGUUUUUAUACUACGGAUUCUACGACCUCGCCUGGACGCCGCUCCCCGUGCCCUACACAGCGGAGAUCCUACCCUUCGGAUUACGCACCAAGGGCCUCGCCAUCUUCACCUCGGUAGGAACAAUGGCAAACUCGUUCAACCAGUUCGUCAAUCCAAUUGCCUUGCAGGCGUUGGCGUGGAAGUAUUAUGCCGUCUACGUCGUGAUCCUCGUAUUCUAUCUCGUUUUCGCGUACUUCAUGUACCCGGAAACGAAGAAUCAUACGUUCGAGGAGGUUUCGGCGAUUUUCGAUUGCCGCGAUGCGAAAGACGACGGGGAGCUGCAUGAGUCUGUAGCGACCGCCGGCGGCGGGUCGGUGCCACUAAAGGGCGUGGAGGGUCCUUCCUUUGUGGGCAGUAGCUCGCACCGAGAGAAUGUGUAAGCUGAGGGGCGU